CUCUGAGGCGGAGCAACGGGCAGAAGCGGGAGGAGGAGCCGUCCUCUGGCCUAGGCCCCCAGCCGAGUCUUCCGACUCCUCCUCCAGGAAAUGCCGGCGCCUGCCCAGGAAGACCCGGGUCGUAAACACGAGCUCGCCUCCCGCGUAGCCUCGUUCAUACUGCGGUCAAGGAGGCAGGCGUCCCAUUCCUGAGGUAAAAAAAGGAAUUCCCGGUGGCCGAAAGCCGAAGCCGCCGCCAUCAUGGGGAAAUCAUUCGCCAACUUCAUGUGCAAGAAGGACUUCCACCCGGCCUCCAAGUCCAAUAUCAAAAAGGUGAGGAGGAGGAGGAGGAGGAGAUGAACCAGCGGGUUUCUCCUUUCCCCCCAACCCAGCCGACACGCUUCACACACCGCCAAUGCACCCAUGGCCCGUUCAGACGUGGUAGAGCCGGCGUGUAUUCCUCCCUUUGGGAGGCCUCCCCCUUUUAACUUCCAGUGAGUGGGGGGAGAUGCUUUCUGUCUUCUGUUCGAUAGUGGAAAGGCCUCCUUCUGGAGGUGGGGGGCUUUUCCUUCCUCGGAGGUGUUUUGUUUUGUUUUUAAGCAGAUGGCCCUCUGCCAUGGGUGCUUUAGAGAUAGGGGGUUAGGCUAGAUGACCACCGGGGACCCUUCCAACUCUACGGUUCUAAGAUUUCGGGGGGGGGGGGUUCCUCAUAGCACAAAGCAAACCCUCACAGCCUGGAAUAUUUUCAGGUCAUCCCUUCCGUCAUCCCAGCAUCCGCAGCCCUGGUUUUGUGACCACUUGAGCCAUGGGACGUUGGGGGGGGGGGGCAAUUAAGAGGCAAAGUGGGGCGACUGGCUCUGGCGACAGCAGGGAGGCCAUUUGAAUAAAAUACAGGGGAGCAGGCAGGUAAGCCGCUCCCUCUGGAUCACAAGAUUAUGGUGCACAGCAUCAAUUGAAUGGCAAUGCCCAUCAACUUUGGAAGGGCCCAGCCCGCUCAAAUAUUUUAUUGGGGGGGGGAGUUGGAUCCAUACGCUAGGGCAGAAGAUCCCGAUGCCCAAGUUUCUUUCCCCUCUUGUGCCUUUAAAAAAUAAAUAAAUUAUACAUUUCACUGUUUUUACAAUCAUUUUGACAUUUUAAAACUUGACUUCCUUCCCCCUCUUUCUGCAGUUCCUUAAAUUUUUAAUAUCUUCUGCAUAUCCAAAUUCACUUAACUUACUCAUUUAUUUGUUUUCUUUAAAUAUAUACUCUUAUGUAACUGCAGGUUAUUACAAUAAUCCUGCCAGUGUUUUUAUCUGUUUGCUAUUUAUCUGUAAAUAUUCUCUUUCCCCUCUUGUUCCUGAUGCAGAUCCUCUCUCACCCCUUCUUCCCUGGUGGGUGGGGUGGGGUAGAAAUAAAACUACCAUUUUGGGGUCUGCCUCAGUUGCCGAAAUGUCUUGGGCUGACCCUGGUGGAGCAUCUGUCCUCUUACUACUUUUUAAAAUUAAACCACCCUGGACAGAGUAUGGUGCUGAUAAUGCCAGUGUUGCAGGUUCAAUCCCUGUAGAGCAGGGGUGGCCAACUUCCAAAAGACUGUGAUUUACUUUCAGAAUUAAAAUCUGGCAGUGAUCUACCCCUGUUUUUUUAGGGGUGCAGGCUUCUUUAGGGAGGGGAGUUCCGUUUUUGGGAGGAAGGCAAGGGAAUUUGGGGAAGUUAACUCACUCACAAAAGCGUCACUAUGGAUGAAAACAGCCACUCAGAGGGAGCUCCGUCUUCCCUUCCUGAGUUCAAACAAUGGAGGGGACGCGGCAGGAAUCAGAUUUACCUACGCAGAGGAAAGGGAGCCAGAGAUCGACCGUGAUCUACCAAAACAUCACAGGGAUCUGCCAUUAGAUCGCGAUCGAGCUAUUGUACAUCCCUGCUGUAGAGCAUGGGUAGGCAAACUAAGGCCUGGGGGCCGAAUCCGGCCCAAUCGCCUUCGAAAUCUGGCCUACGGAUGGUCCGGGAAUCAGCGUGUUUUUACAUGAGUAGAAUGUGUCCUUUUAUUUAAAAUGCAUCUCUGGGUUAUUUGUGGGGCAUAGGAAUUUGUUCAUUUUAUUUUUUCAAAAUAUAGUCUGGCCCCCCACAAGGUCUGAGGGACAGUGGACCGGCCACCUGCUGAAAAAGUUUGCUGACCUCUGCUGUAGAGGAAAGCAGCAUAUCCCUGCAUUCGGUUGGGUUGGAUCAAAUGAUCCUCAGGUUCCCUUCCAAAUCUACAGUUCUAUAUGCCCUUGAUGAGCGCUUAAAAUAUUUCAUAUUCUGUGCCUUGUUGUUCAGCAGGGCAAUUCUAUAUAUGCCUGUUCGAAAGUAAGCCCCAACUGAGCUAAAUAGGUCUUACUCUCAAGGUUAGCAAGUAAGCGCCAAUUUGAUACAGGCCAUUGAGAACUGUCAUUGUGAAAACCGUGGGUGAUGUAUUACAUGCAUGUACUUCCCCUUCCUCACUGUCCCCUAAAGCCUGCCCCCCUCAAUCUGCUCUUUAUUGUCACCAAACUACCUGGGUCAUAUUGGGGAAGGGUGUACCUAUGAGGUUGACAGGUGUGUAAUUACAUGGGUCCCCCUGGAUUAUUUGUUUACGUAUGGGUUUUACGUUGCUUAUUAUCAUCCACUCCACUAUGGAUACUGACUUUAACAUUAAGUUAUAUAUUUCACUUAAAAGAUUAAUAAUGGCCCUCAAGAACACUUGGGUGAAUGCCAUCUAGCAUGGGCAGAGCGGAUUAUAUCUUAAACUGUCCCUGUCAGGGGAAAAGGCAGGGUAUAAAUAUAUGACAGAAUGGUGAAGCUUAAAAGUUAACGUUUUGUCAUUUUUAUCUGACAAUUAUUUUGAUGCCCCGCUACCGCUACAAACCUCCAAAAGCUGGUCAUUUUACAGAUGAGGACAAAAUGCUAAAUAUGUGGUUAACACCUUAUUUUCUUGGAAGUUAAUACUACUGAAAUAAAUUGAACUGCAAAGUUAGUGUACUGGUAAGCAAUUUCUGGAUAAUGUGGGAUUUUCCAAAUUCUACCACCAGCACACCAGAUAGUCAAAAUACUAUCUAAUCUCUUAAACCAUGUAACUGUGUUUACACAUAUGCUGGCAGUGUUUCCUAAUUUAUUUGGAUUACAGAAUUUCAGUACAGAGGAGGAGGAGUUUGGAUUUGAUAUCCUGCUUUAUCACUUCCCUAAGGAGUCUCAAAGUGGCUAACAUUCUCCUUUCCCUUCCUCCCCCACAACAAACACUCUGUGAGGUGAGUGGGGCUGAGAGUCUUCAAAGAAGUGUGACUAGCCCAAGGUCACCUAGCAACUGCAUGUGGAGGAGCGGGGAAUCGAACCCGGUUCACCAGAUUACGAGUCCUCCACUCUUAACCACUACACCAUACUGGCUCACUGAUUGCAUAUAAAGUGGAAAUACUUAUAUCAUAUUUGUUCCCUUUAGGUAUGGAUGGCAGAACAGAAAAUAACUUACGACAAAAAGAAACAAGAAGAGUUAAUGCAGCAAUACCUUAAAGAGCAGGAAUGUUAUGAUAACAGGUGAGAAACAACAUUUAAUCUUACAUUUUAGUAGAUAAAAAACCCAUCUACUUUUGGUUUCCUAAAAUCUAGCAGAUAUAAGCAUCUCAGUUUGGGACUUCUCAUACUACUAAUCUGUUUUUGAGUCUCAAACUUUUAUUUGAAAAAUGGUAAGUUGUAUUCACUGAAGCCAUUGCUAUUCCAGAACACUUAUACAACGGUACUGUACUUCCUCUCCUUUUUGCCUUUAAACCAUUAAGCCUUGGAACGUAACCCACACAUAAAUGGGGAGUUGCCAUUUUAUUUUAUUUUAAAAUGUUUUAGUAUCUAAGACACCCAUCUCCUGUUUCUUUGUGAUCAUUCUCAUUGUUUUUUGUAUAGAUUGCUUAUGGGUGAUGAGCGUGUGAAGAAUGGUCUAAACUUUAUGUAUGAGGCCCCACCAGGAGCAAAGAAAGGUAAUUUCUAACAUCAACACAAAUAUAUAAAUUAUCCCUUUCUGCUGAGCUUGGAACUCUGCAUAAUAGCUCAUAGAACUUGAUCCUACAUUGUAUCCAAGGUUUGAAUACUAUGAAAAGACUUUUAAAGCAGAGUCUUGGGCAGGUUUACUCAGAAGUAGCUACUACUAAGUUUAAUAAGAUUUACUCAUAAGGAAGUAUGUAUUACUGCAGCCUCAGCUAUAAGUCUAGAAAUAAGACCUUGGGGUUUACAUGACUGCAAAUAAAUGUGCAUUUUUUUAAAUAAGGAAAAUACUUGGAUUUAAUAAGUGCUCUAUGAUUUUUAGAGAUGCAUGAUAUCCUAUUAUCUGGAUGUUGCCUGCAAUAUUGAUAUCUACUUGUCUUUUCUAAUGUUUCGUCUUAUCUUUUCCUUCUAUGCUGAUAAUGAAACAAGAGAGCAAAGAGGUAAUUUUGAAAUUUAUUUCCCCCCCCCCCCCAAUUAUAUUCGGCAUAAAUUUCAAACCAGGUGUUUUUAACAGGACUUUAUAUUUGUUGUUUUUAGCAAGAAGGAGAGACUGAGUACAAAUUUGAAUGGCAGAAGGUAGCUCCACGUGAAAAGUAAGAAUUAUCCCUUUCUUAUUUGGAUAAUGCUGUAUGCAGAGUUUAUUUUCAAGUAUGUGCUCUUAAGUCUGAAAAGUAUGUGCUCUAAAGUCUUAAGUCUGAAAAGGUUUUCCUAGUUCCUCAAGGUUGAAAUCUUCUUUAAAUAAAACAACAGAAAAAGGCCCUCUCAAGUGGUAUUAUCUUUGACCUGUUUUUCAAAAGUGGAUCAACUGAGUCCUAUGGCUCCUAUUUCAGAUCUAAAUAAAUAUAAAAUCCAUGAACUUGUGGAGAGGUGAAUGGAUAAAGAAAAAUGCUGACCAAACUCAGCUGAGUAAACUUCCAGUAUUACUGACAUUCAUCACACAAUGGGAAGAUUCAUGGAAGUAUGAAAAGAGUUCUGGUCCCUGCCUCCAGAACAGCAUCAGAAGGGGGUGGGGGUUGCAGCAGAAUGGGGGAAUCGGUGGGAUUCAAAUCUUACUCAAAUGCCUCUCUUCUCAUGCAAGACAUGGAUCUAACUCAAUGCAUAUAUUUAUUUAAAUUAGUUCUAAUGCUACUUUUCCAGUUAAAAGACUAAAAAUAAGUUCACAAAUAUGGAAAAACUAUAUACAUCUUGAUGACAGAACAGAAGCAGGAGUAACAAAACAGCAGUCAAGAAAACUCAAAGCUACAGGAAAUCAUGAGAAUAUUAAAAAAUAAUAAACAUGGUAGAAAGUGUGUAAACAACAUGUUUUUUCCUUAAGUGAAACUUCCUUGACUUGCUGAACAUGACAGUUUUGAUUAAAUAAUGAUGCUGUAAUUUCACAAACUUGUAAAGUAUUUGAUGUCAUUCAAACCCAAAGUUUCACAAUUGAAACUGUUCUCCUUUAUUCUUAAUUCUACAUCGUUUGAAUCCCCAAUAAUAGUAUAAGUGUUGAGCUUAUGUAUACUUAUAUACCUUCUUGUACUUUAACAGAUAUGCUAAGGAUGACAUGAACAUUAGAGACCAGCCAUUUGGCAUCCAGGCAAGUUUUGUGCAUUUCCUCCCCUCCUGUUUUCAUGGUGAAUUUCAAAUGUUCAGUGAUGUACAUAAUAUUUUACUAGGUUUUUAACAUGCAGCUGUUUCAUUGGACAGACGGGGAUAUUGAAGAGUAAAAUUAUGUCAAUAUUGGCAUUGUUUCAGGUGAGGAAUGUGAGGUGCAUUAAAUGUCACAAGUGGGGCCACGUGAACACAGACAGAGAAUGCCCUUUGUUCGGCCUUUCUGGGAUUAAUGCAAGCUCUGUUUCCAAUGAUGGCUCAGGUAAGCACUUUAAAUGUAUUUUUAUCAUUCUAUCAAAAUACGUUUUGAAAUAUUUUCUCAAACCCAUUCUUGCUCUUUUGUUUUGAAGAAGCAUUUUCGUGCCACUUCUCUGAAAGGAAUAAUGUUCCUUCUGUGUUUUGUGAGCCAUCUGAUUCAGUGAUUCCCAAGCUACGCUGGAGCACUACAGUAUGUUGCCAGAGGGACUGAAGUGUGCCUUGAAAAACUAAGGCAAUAUGCUGGGUGCAUUUGUGGCUCCAUGCAGCAUUGAUCCCCUCCCGUCACUGCCAAUACGUGGGCAAUGACAUCAUCCUGAUGGAAAGCUCUUGGAUUUCCUGGCACAACUCACACUACAGCUAUAAGGCACAGGGGAAUCCCUUAAGUACCAGGAAAGAAAGGAGGACAGGAUGCUAGGAGUAUUCUCUGGAACUGCACAGAGAGGAUACCUGCCCAUUGCUCUCAGAGCUAAUUAAGAAUAUACAUUUUUUUAAAAAUAAAUGUAACAGUGCAAUCCUAUACUUAAAAAGCAAGCCACACUGACUUCAAGGGGACAUACUAUCCAAUAAGUGUGCAUAGGAUUGUGAGCUUGAGAAGGAAAUGUGUAAUCAGGAGCAGGGGACCAGAUGAGGCUCCCUAGUCCUCUCUGUCUGGGGAGUCCCAGGCCACACCUGUCACUGGCCCUGUUUUGCACCCUGAAUAUUCUUGUUCAGCUAAUGUGAGCUUUAACUCUGCUAAUGCCUCUUGCUUGUCUAGAUGGAGAAGGGUUUGAGAAGGUGUUUAGAAACUAGCCUACUGUACAAAGUACUGUACUGUACAUACACUUUUGCCUCUGGCCCUAUCCACCGCUGGCAUGCGGCCCCCAAAAGGUUCCCUCGCGCUCAACAAGGUUCCUUACCUCUACACAAAAGGAAGUUGUAUUGGGACACAAACACAUUCCACUUGGUAUCUGCACAUUCUACCACAUUGCCACAUGCCACGUUGGUAGCAUUCAGGGAACUGAGAAAAUAAUCUGAAGUUUUGGUGUAUUGUGGACAAGUGCAAAUAGUCUCCCUAAAUUUAUCUAUCUCUUUCUUGAAACGGGUGGAGUUUUUUUGCUUCUGCCAGCAAGUUAAGUACUGUUCUUUAGUUCUCUAAUAUUACAAACUGAGUUGUGAUUUUUGCCUUGCCUUUAUUAAUGGUUCAAAUGGUAGAUGUUCUUGUGCUCAGUUCUUUAAACUUAAAUACAGUGGUACCUUGGUUUACAAACUUAAUUCGUUCCGGAAAUCCGUUCUUAAACCACAGCAUUCUUAAACCAAGGCAUGCUUUCCCAUAGCAGUGGGGGAUUCAAUUUACAAAUGGAACACACUCAACAGGAAGUGGAACAUGUUCUGCUUCCAAGGCAAAGUUCACAAACCAAAACAGCUACUUCUGGGUUUGCAGCGUUCUUAAUCCAAGUUGUUCAUAAACUAAGCUGUUCUUAAACAAAGGUAUCACUGUAUUUCCAUUCUAUUUGUAUAACAAAUAUAUAUCCUUAGGCCUAGGAGACUUAAGUUAAAAUCCCUGCUCUUCUCUCACCUCCCCUGGUGAUCUUCAGUGUUGCUAUCUAUUCAUAUCAGUGAGAGAGAGAGAGAGAGAGAGGCCUUCUUUCGCAGAUUGGAUUCUCUUAGGCUGAGGGGGUCCUCUUGGGGCUUUUAGAAUUAAAAAGGAAACUUUCCAGUAACCACUGGCAGUGAUAGUAAUUGACAGUGGAAGGGAAGGAAGGCUUCCCUGUGUACCAGAAAAGAAAGUGUGACUUUCUUUGCUUUGUAGCAUUCGUGAUUCAGCCCUGCCAUUUUAGAGUUGCCAUCAGUAUUUUGCACUCAACAACUUUGGUUUCUGCAAUAACCUCGCAUUAUAGUAUAGCGGUCACUUUUUUUUUGGCCAUUGGGCACAUUUCCACUUCUAAGUGUUGUGGGUGCCAGUCACAAAGUGGCUGCCAUUGGGGACAUAGCACAACACAGAAUGAGAGAAUGUGCACUCGUUGCUGUUUCCCUCUACCCCUUCCACCAGACAACCUCAUGCUUGCCAGCCAUGUCCCGCCGGUCCUGAUUUUGGAAAUAACACAGUACAGUCAUACCUCAGGUUACGAACGCUGUGGGUUGCGUGUUUUCGGGUUGCAGACCGCGCCAAACCCGGAAGUACCGAAACCGGUUACUUCUGGGUUUCGGUGCUCACGCAUGCGCAGAAGCACAAAAUGACAUCAUGCGCAGAAGCGCCAAAUUGCGUCACACGCGUGCGCAGACGCAGCACUUCAGGCUGCAAAUGCUGCGGGUUGUGAACGUGCCUCCCGCACGGAUCACGUUCACAACCAGAGGUAUGACUGUAUUGACUUUUCCACACACACAAUGAUGCUGUUGUUGUCUAAUAACAAGUACAGUUAUUUUCCCUCACCAUGCAACCACUCCACAUGCACAUGCAGGCACUCAUCACACACCUAUAGGCCACAGACACAGAUGCAUCACUCUCUCUUUCAUACAAAUACACUUCACAAAGACACAGCCUGCACAGGCAGGCCAUGAAGUGGCUGGAAAAGCUACCCUUGUCACUUUUGGCUAAUGAGCUAUGGUCUAUCUUCUGCCUAUCCUUGUGAAUUUCUUAUUAAACCUCAGCAGUUUGCAGAUUAUUUUCAUAGUUUUUGACGUCUCUGGAGCACCCUCUGUUAAAACUCUGGAGUAAAAUUUUGGGCAUUGUUAGUAUGUUGGAAAUAAUUUCCAGAGGGGUAACUGAUCAUCUGCUGCAGUAAAAAUAGCAAAGAGUCCUGCGUAAUACUAGGCUUAACAGGUAUGUUGCAGUACAGUACAGUCAAACCUCUUGUUACAUUUGCUUCAGGUUGCGUGUUUUCAGGUUGCGUCCCGCGGCGACUGGGAAGUACCGGAAAGGGUUACUUCUGGGUUUCGCCCCUCGUGCAUGCGCAGAUGCGCAAAAUGACGUCAUGCACAGAAGUGGCGAGUCGCAACCCGCGCAGACGUGGGUUGCAUUCUGCUCAUGUUGCGAAUGGGGCUCCGGAACAGAUCCCGUUCACAACCAGAGGUACCACUGUAUGGGUUUAGGAAAGUGAAGCUUAAAGGUCGAUCAGUCCAAGACAUAACAGUAGAUGCAUCCUGUUACUUUGCACAGGUGAAUGCCAUAUGUCAUCACAGUGUGUAUGACCAAUUUCUACCUAAAAGCCACUGGUGAUGAAUUGACAUAGGAAGAUAGUGGAAAUCAACACCUAAAUUAAGUCAGUGAAAUAGCCAGCCAAUUCUCUAUUGAGUCCACAGUAUCAGAUUUGCUAAUGAAUUCCAGUUGGGAAGUUUCAUACCGGAGCCUCCUUUAGAGGAAAGGUGGGACAACCUCACCCUUGUCACAAUCUUGAAGGUGCCAUCCAGGGAUGGUUUUCCAGCAAGAACACACUGCACCUAGCAGUGCUGGUUUCAAAGCUCACUGGCUGCAUGGCAGGAAUCAACUGCAGCUGGUUCCACUCACAUCCUGCACUGAUCUGCCCCAACCAGAUGGCAUCCGGGGCUGGUGGAGCUGUCGAGAUGGGGAGGGCAGAUUUAUUUAUCUCUCUUUCCUCUUCCAUUACAACUUACCACCCGAUCUUGGAGUCUCACAGUCAGCAGCUCCUUGUGCUUAAGAGAUGGGGCAGAAAUAGAUAGGCUAGGAACAGGUAAGGAAAAAGCAAGGUGAGCGGGUAGGAGGAGCAGAAACAGUGAGGCUAAGGGCUGGGCGAGAGCUUUUUGUGUGUGCUGCACUGAGAAAUGAGAGCUUUUUCUCCCAGUGCAGCACAUAAACCAAACAUUCUUGUCGGCGUUUCUUGUCUCUGCUUUAAACCAAAGCAGCACAGCCUGUCUGCUCCUUCUGCUGUUUUCCUGCCAAACCUCUGAAGUGGUGUGUUUGCUAAGCUGCUCUCUCUCAGCACAGAACUGCAACAGCAGCAAUGUGUAUCCUAAAUGAAUCAGAAUAAAAUUGGGGGUGGGUUGGGGGGGGGAGAAUAUUUUUAAAGUACUUCUGAUGUAUUGGUUUUGGGUAUUGAUUGAUUGAACAAGCUACUUUAUGUAAAUUGCAGUAAAUAGCUGUGUCCUGAUUGGCUAGGUGUUUCCAGUCAAGGAAAGAAGGCUAUUUAGAGGAGGAGUGGGUCUCGUUACCCUGCCUGAGGACUGUUUUUCUAUAGGAAAUGGCUUGCAGAAAUAGGUGUUUUUAUCACUCACUUGCCCCUUUCUGGAGAGUUGGGGGGCAGGCGACAGCAGUGCAAAUUCCAAGCGGAAAGAUAGGCCAUGGGUGAUUUUAGUGUGCAAGUGGGAGGGGGUUAGCACUGUGAUUAAGCGGGGGGAGGGAGACUGGGGCUGUUAUGGGGAAGUGGCUGCAUUUGGUGGGUCGCUGCGCUUUUUUUGCCCUUCUGGACCAGCAACCCCUGCUUUGUACAGAAUAGCAUCAGGGUGAUUGCACCCAUACAGUUUAAAGCCCCUGUUUGGUGCUGAUGAGUGCCUUGUUCCUUAAGAAUGGGUGUCUGUUUUUAACAAUACAAAACAGCACAGCUCUAUACUGUAGCAGACAGAAGAAAUAACAUGCAUUCUGUCUGUGUGGGUUUCAUUUUUCCCUUUGUAUACAGACCAUAGUACUAAUCCAGUUGGUGAUUCAGACCUUUAAAAAAAUAUAAUCUCUCCGCUUUCACAAGUCUCCUAUUGAAUAAUAUAUCUUGCUGGUGAAUGGAGAUUAUUUUUGCAAUAAGGCAAUUUCACUGGAUGUGGUUAUCAUGGGAUAAUCACACCCCUGGGGUACAGCCUUGUCUGUAAUCUCCCAGGAGUGUAAUUAUUUCAUGACAACUGCACCCCCCCUGGUGUUGCAUUUAUUUCCAUUAUGAAAUCUUAGUUUGAUAUAUAAAGUAACUUACUUUGAUCACUGGAAAGCUACAUGGUAGUCUGAGAAUAUUCCAGCUGCGAGGUUUACCGAGACCAGCUAUAAGCUUUACUACAGCCUUUACAAAGUUAAAUUAGGCAAUCAAAAUGCUUCUUUAGGCUAAGCUGGUUUUAGAUUUUUUUAAAAAAAUAUUUUCCCCCACUGAUUGUAACUUUCCAGGUUCAUAAUCAAUAUAAGGUAGCAAUUAAAUGCAAAACUCUAUCAGUUGAGGUGAACUGGCACUGUGUAUUUUCCUGAAGGUGUGGUCAGUUGCAUCCAAAAGAUCCCUAAUGUUAAUCUAGCUUUUUUGUCUUCUAGUUAAAUACCAGCAAAUGCUAAUUAUUUAUACCAUUGAUGAACUAUGACAAAACUGCUGGAGGAGCACAAUUACUUCUGCUUCUUCUGAGGGCCAGAUUGAACAUUGCAAGAAAUGUGUGGCUACCACUAAAUAUGGCUGCUGGGAAACUGGUUCUCUCUCUUCCUUCUGUUACAGUAGAACUUGCCUCAUGUUAAAACAAAACAAUGUUCUACAUUGUGCUCUUCCACCAUGCCCAUUGCCAAUGGGUUCUACUAACACAAAACAAGAGCAGGGAACUGCAGAACUUGGUGAUAUCAUGGGAUCAGCUGUUUUAUCAUGGGAUUUAGUUUUAUAUUUUGUAUCUUAUUCUCUGUACAACAGGUAGCAACAGAACAUGGCUGCCAUUGACAAUUGCUGCUAUCUUAAAAUUUACUGUCUGGCCCUCAAUCAGGGUUUGUUUAAGAUUUACACCUUUUAAAUAUGUCUUCUUUUCAGAUGGAAUAUAAAUCCUUUUAAUUACAGUGCGACUUGCUGCCAAGUAGAUAGGUUUAGAGGGACGCAGGUGGUGCUGUGGGUUAAACCACAGAGCCUAGGAUUUGCCAAUCAAAAGGUCGACAGUUUGAAUCCCCGCGAUGGGGUGAGCUCCCAUUGCUCAGUCCCUGCUCCUGCCAACCUAGCAGUUCGAAAGCACAUCAAAGUGCAAGUAGAUAAAUAGGUACCGCUCCAACGGGAAGGUAAACGGUGUUUCCGUGCGCUGCUCUAGUUCACCAGAAGCGGCUUAGUCAUGCUGGCCACAUGAACCGGAAGCUGUACGCCGGCUCCCUCAGCCAAUAAAGCGAGAUGAGCACCGCAACCCCGACUGGACCUAAUGGUCAAGGGUCCCUUUACCUUUACCUAGAUAGGUUUAGAAGUGCGAUCUGCGAUCUAGAGCAACUUCAAAAUGCAGCCAGGGCAUUAAAAUUUAGGGUAGGUUUUUUUCAUUCAAUCCAUAUGUAUGUGUCUGUGUGGUGCUAUCGUGGAUGCAAAUCAAAAUAUUGACUCCAAAACAAAAACAAAAUACAGUGGUACCUUGGUUUACAAACUUAAUCCGUUCCGGAAAUCCGCUCUUAAAUCAAAGCAUUCUUAAACCAAGGCAUGCUUUCCCAUAGCAGUGGGGGACUCAAUUUUCAAAUGGAACACACUCAACAGGAAGUGAAACAUGUUCUUAUUCCAAGGCAAAGUUCACAAACCAAAACAUCUACUUCCGAGUUUGCAGCGUUCUUUAUCAAAGUUGUUCAUAAACUAAGCUGUUCUUAAACCAAGGUACCACUGUAUAAAAAACAACACAGAUAUUGGGAAAUGUUUUAAAAAUGAAGCCAACAAGAAUUAGAAGCUGUGGAAAUAGAAUGGUUAUUUGUCAGCAUCGAUUGUAAACUGUGUGCGAAGAAAGUUUGCACACACUUGCUUGAAGAAUGGCCCUAUGAAUACAGGUUAAACCUGUGUUUCCUACAAUAGCUAACCAUCAAUACUUAAUGGUCAGUGUGCACAUACUUUAUUGCAGCAAGGCAGGGAAACCAAUUCCUAUUUUAAAUAUUCUAAAUUUGACAGAAUUCGUGGCAUAGUGAAAACUGACAUUGGUUGCCCCCAAUGCAUUUCAACACGCCCUGACAAAAUCACUCCUAGCAAAGAGGAAAAAAUGGAAUUGCUCACUGUACUGUUGUGCAGUUUGCCCUCUCAGCAGAGUCCAGAUUAAAAUGUUUUACUUGUUUGAUUCACUUUGUUCCCACAUUAUAGCUUAAAUUAGAAAAGUUAGAGAAAGUUGGCAUUGGCCAUUUUGAUGAUGACAUAAUAAGCAUAAGCAACCAGUAAAAAGGGCUGCCACAUGAAGAUACAACCCAGAGACAUUUCAAAAAAAUCAUAAUGAAGUUUUGCCACCUUACAUGAGCUUGAAGGAGAGAGAGAGAGUGUGUGUGAGAGUGUGUUUUUAAAUACUGUAGAGGGUUCUGAUUUACUUGUCAUUUUCAGAAUGUAUCCUAGCCAGCCACUAGAGGGAAGCAUGUUCACUUUUAGUCACCGAUAGCAACCUUGCAUUUUCCUAAUAGCAACCAAGUCUUGUGCAAAAAUUGUCUCCUUCUGAGGCUUGCCUUUAAAGCUAACCACCUCAAGAUGGAACUCUGCAUGCAGGACUCAAUGAAAUCUCUUUGUCUCUCUCUCUAUUCUUGACCUUCCCACUCUAACACAACACACUCACACUUUUAAUAUAUCACCAUUUGUUGUCCUUGCUGAAAUGCUUGUAAUUACAUUUGUGUUGUCUGGCUGUACAUAUAUCCCCCCCCCCAAAGCAUCUAUACAGGUUUCCCUUGUCAGAAGGGCUGUUUGACAAAGGAGGAGCAGGAUUGGGCUUGGAGAAUGAGGCCCUUCACUAACAUGACAUUAUAGCAGGUUAGGGAACCCCAGUCCGCAGGCCAAAUUUCAGCAAAGCCAUAUCCACCUGCCUGACACGUGAUGACAUAUAUGACAUCAGGUGUGGGGCAGGUAAGGACAGGGCUUUGAAAUGGGAUUUGUGGACUCUGUCAAAACCCCUUUGACAGCACUUCCCAAAAGCCCAGCAAUCAACUGGUUUCAAGCACUUGGUGAAAGCUGCACAAAGUGCUUUGCAAGUCCCAAGUACAAAGUGCUGCAUUUUGACAGGUUUCAAUCACCUGACAUCAAAUGACUAACUAGUGAGUAGUCCCACCCUCCUGUCAGAGGUUGCCUGUGGGGAUGGGGUGGGUGUGUGAUAAAGAUCUGGCCUACUGGGCCAAGAGAGUUUCCCACCCCUGCAUUAUGAUAACAGCCUAAAUUACACUUGCUGUUACUUCAUUAUCUACCCCUUAUGAGAACAGCUACCAGAACAAGGGACAGAUCUGGAGAACCAGACUUGCCCCUCCCUCAUUCUGUCCUAUGCUUUGGUCAUGCUUAUUGUUCCUUUUUUCUGCCUCUUGAAAUCCAAAUCUAAACUUAAGAAGCUAAGAAGUACAGAAAUCGCCUUCAGUUGUGAAUCAGCAUGCACUUUUUGAUUUGCUUAAGCUGCAAUGCCACACACUGCUACCCUGUUCAGAUUUCAGUAAAGAGGACAGAGUGCAUUAAGCAAGAUUCAAAGGCCUGUUCUUUGAUAUAAUUAAGAGUUGCAUUAUUUAAAAGAAAAGUAGUAUAUCUAAGAGCAUUUGAUGUGGUUACUUUUAUACCACCUUAUGAGAAAGGAAUGAUCUUGAGGAAUAAUAACAUGGUUUGAAACACCAAUGGGGGAGGCAACUGCCAACCUGUGUGUUUCCCAACUAAUGCCCUGCGUUUAUUUCAACCACAUCUCAAGCAACACAAUCCUAUGCAUUUCUGCUUGGACGCAAGUUCAGUGAGACUUACUCCCAGGUAAGCAUGUAUAGGAUUGCAGCCUAUGUGUGUAUGUAUACAUAUUAGUAGCAUCUUGAAGAGCACCUCUACGUAUCUGCCAAAGGAUCACCCUUUAUAGCAAUACUGAACACUCAUUUUGUACCCUCAUUUUGCAAAUUACUCUUUUCUUUGACAUCAACUGAAUCUGUAUUCUUAUAAUGCCUUUUUUAUACAUUUCACUGAAGAUUUAGAGCCUACUGAAACACUGCUUUCAUUUUAUAUUGGACAGGGGGAGGAGAGAUGUUUAUAUCAUUCACACACGACAUUGGCCUAGCAGUUAAACUCUGUAUAAGUGUUCCACUUUAAACGGCAUUCUUAACAACCACUAGGAUUCUCAGAUAUCGUGCUGUUUGGCGAUGAACUAGAAAAAUAAAUAAAUAAAACACAGAACAUAAGGCUAGAUUACAGGGCCAAGCUUUACAGAGCAGUUAAGGUUGGCGUUUAGUGUGCUGAAUUAGAAACCGUAACUGCUUCAGCCUCAAACCCACCCUACUGAGGAAAUCACAUACCAACAACAGCAACUUCUGAAGAGAGGGCCUGUGGUGGCAAAUCAAUAACCUCAAGGAAGGUGACUCGGGAUGUUAAAAAUCCAAAGUUCAUCUUCUUUUGCGCCUUGCUUGCGGACAACUUUUAUCCUUAUAUGAUCCUAUAUGCACACCCAACCUCUAAGGCAGGCAAAUCGUAAGCGCACUGAUUUGGAAAUAACUUCAGCUGACAUUUAGCAAGAGACAGUAUUAGCAGCACAAGAGUACUUUAUGUGUUGAGUCUUAAAAAUAUCUCAGUUCUCUGAAUGAAACCUCCAAAAUCGAUCUUCGAUAUAUUAUCCCUACAACUUCUGGCACCCCAACUUUCAUUGGGCUGCGAGCAUGCCCUUGUGAGAGACAAACAUGUACCUGAGCAUGCAGAGGUGUUGUGCUGUGAAAGCAGGUUGUGGGCACAUUCACACAAUUUCUGAGAGCUGCUUUAAACAAAAGGUUUGGCUAAUAAAUGAAUGACAGCAGAUAGAAACAGCAAAAGGUGAGAAUGAAGCAGGUAGCUCUGCCUAAGUUGUUGUUACUGACAACAAGAACACUAUCACUUGGUAAGUAAUAACUAGCUAAUUCAUAGUAAUGCUAAGAGGCUUCCAGUACCAAAUGCAGCAAACCACCUCUUUUUUCCAUAAUGAAUGUGCCAUCAUGCUGAUGAGACAGAAUAUCAUUUGGAAGUACAAAUUUAAAAAAUACUUAUGGCUAGUGUAACAUACUGGCGUUUUGCCAGGUUGGAAGAAAAAGAAAAAAACAGAAUAAGAACAAUUUUAACAUGCAAUUCCACCUGAAGAGCAAAAAGGUAGUUAUAGUCCAAUCCUAUACAUGCCAAGUAUGCUGUGGUUAAGGUUAAAUGUGGUUCAUGUUGGUACAGAUAUAAUAAUAAGGCAGGUUCCUGGGCUGGGCAAACAUAGCAGAGAGGGGAAGAGAGCAAUCCGAUUUUUGAGCCACUAAUCACAGUGAGGAGAAAGGAAUCAUUACAUUUGUAUCUACCCAUAGCAAAAACUCAUUGAAGUUUUUCUACAAUCAAGCAGUAUAUAAAUUUUAUGAGUGAAAAUUAAAUAUUUAAGACAUCUAAUUCUUGUGAUUCUGUAGACCUUCCACAAAUCAUGGGCCAUGUGACUUGCAUACUCUCAUUUGAGAUUUAUAUUGUAAGCAUUUUAAACAACAUUUAAUUUUCUGAAAACUAUUUUUUCUAACAUCUUUAAAGUAUCCCUCUUAAAAGUAUGUGUUCGUAUUUAUUCUUGGUAUCAGAAAACAUUUGCAUCUUAAAGUUGGCAUGGCUUUCAAAGCUUCCUUUUUUUAUAUUUUUGUACUUUUAUCAAAAGCUUACAGGCAGACAAUACCUAAAAUAUAUUGUUUUCAACAUGACAAAGUUACAUAAGAAGAGAAUCCCCUUGCACUUAAAGAAAAAUGCAAUUAUUUUCCAUCUGAAUCUCCAGACUGCUGUUUUAGAAAAUCAUAUCUGAUUAUUUGCUCAGCAGAAGAUUAUUGAGUUGAUUUAGCUGUGAUUUUACUUAACAAAGCUUCAACCGAAUUCCCACUGUGGAGUCCAAAAAAGGUAGAGAGAUAUAAAUGAUACAUUCAAACUGUGAUUUUGGUGAACAGGGCCAUCAAUGCACCCCUCGGAGCUAAUAGCGGAGAUGAGAAACAGUGGGUUUGCACUGAAACAAAAUGUACUGGGGAGAAACUUGACCGCAAAUGAUCCAUCACAGGUAAUGAUCUUUUUAUCAGUAAGCUGAAAAUGUCUGUAAAUCUAAAUGUGAUUGCUUGUGAAUUGUUACUUAAUGUUUUUAUAAUAUGCAUAUCCAUGGGAAAGCUGAAUAGAUAGAGCAAGGGAUGUGUGUCCCGAAACUUACUGUGUUUUCCAUUUCUUCUUUUUUUUGUUAUCAGAGUGACAGGUGUAAAAUAAUUUUUCCAACCCAUAGUUUAAUAAAUGAAAUGCCUCCUGUGGGUUAGUAGUGAUUUAAUACCUGCCAGAGGAAAUAGUUUUAGCUUCUGCUACCUUUGCCUUAUCCUAAGAGGCUGCCUUAGCCAGAGCAACCAGUGGGUGAAGCCAAAGGGGAAAUAAUGAAAAUGUCCUUCAGGCAAUGCCAUGUUUGGAAGGUACAAUCCAGAACACUUCCCUUGGGUGCUCCAGGAAGAGGAUACAGGUAAGUUUGGAAAACACAUAGCAAGUCAAGGCAUGUUGGGAGAUGACAAAGGGUCUGCCGCUGUGGUCUUUCCACUGGCUCUCCCCUGUUCAUUGGUGACAUCCAAAGGAGACAAUUGGAGCUGUGUAGGCUUGCAUUUACUGGUGAGAAAGCUUUUAAAAGCUGCUUCUUGGAGGGCAGCCCUUCUCCCUCCUCAGGGAAAAGCCCCCAAGAGCCGCACACACGCUCCACGCGGCUCUUUAAAGGGAGCACUGAGCAGAGCCUCCCGCCUGCAUUCGCACCAUAAGACGCACACACAUUUCCCCUUACUUUUUAGGAGGGGGAAAGUGCGUCUUAUAGAGCAAAAAAUACGGUAAUCUCUUCUCAGACUCUUGGACAAGUUACGCAUGAAGAUUGCAGAUCUGUGUGUUUAAAACACAGAGCUGCCCUAGUCCAGGCUUCCUCAAGCUCGGCCCUCCAGAUGUUUUUUGGCCUACAACUCCCAUGAUCCCUAGCUAGCAGGACCAGUGGUCAGGGAUGAUGGGAAUUGUAGUCUCAGAACAUCUGGAGGACCGAGUUUGAGGAAGCCUGCCCUAGUCACGUAUAAAAAAUGGAGAGGGGUUCUGAUUUUAAAUGUUAAAAAAAGCACACAGGUGAAAGGACGUGACCCCUGUGGCUUUUCUCCCUGUAGUUCCUCUUCAGACACUUUCCCCCCAAUUGGGACUCCAGUAUUAGAUGUGUGCCUGGCUGAGAUAAAAGUGCUGCAUGGAGAUAAGCCUCAGGAGGGAUGAGGAUUCUGCUCCUCUCACUCACACGCAACCUUUGUUUUUAAAAUUGAACAUCUCCACCCUCUCCUUUCUACAUGCAAGUCCUGCAUUUAAAGACAUGGACCAACUGCUGUCACAUCUAACUUGGCCCUCAGUGUGGGGUGUGCAUUUUAUGUCUAAUUUGAGUUGUACUUCAUAAAAAUUGAGCUCCGACCAGUGUGCAAGAAAUGAGAAACCAAAGCACAUAAAAGGAUCUUAAAUGUUAAAAUGGAAACAUAUCGUUUGAAAAGGGGAAAGCCUAAAAUUGGCAAGUAAACUAUUCAACCAGUCAAUACCUCCAUAAAGAGUACGGUCUUCCUCAGUUCAGAAUUAUUGGGACUUUGUGAAUAUUUAUUCCCAUACUGUCUCCUUUUUAGCAUGACUUUACAAAGCUACUUCAUUUAAGUAAAUUUUAAAAACCUCUAUCCAAAUACGUAGGUUGCUUUGUUGUGGCAUUCUUAACUCAUUUUCUUCUCAAAAAAGCCAUAUAUUUACUCAGUCAACUAUAAAAUAACAUGUUGUUGUCCUAAUAUAAUAGAGUCGUAUGUUGGAAGUCAAACGGAAUCUGUUCCAGAAGUCCGUUUGACUUCUGAAAUGUUCAGAAACCAAGGUGCAGCUUCCAGUUGGCUGCAAGAAGCUCCUGCAGCUAAUCGGAAGCUGCGGAACACAGGUCGGAUGUUCAGGUUCUGAAAUGUUCAGAAACCAAGGCGCAGCUUCCAGUUGGCUGCAAGAAGCUCCUGCAGCUAAUCGGAAGCUGCGGAACCCGGGUCGGACGUUCAGGUUCCAAAGAAUGUUUGCAAACCAGAACACUCACUUCUGGGUUUGUGGCAUUCAGGAGCCAAAAUGUUCGACUUGCAAGGCAUUUGGGAGCCCAGAUACAACUGUAUAAUAAUAUUCAUAUUGUUUGUCAUGGUCAUUAAGGUAUAAGAUAAGUGAUGCCAUUUCUGUUUGUAUUCCAUAGCAACCUAUUCCCAUUUUCAUUGUAUAGGAAUUUGUUGCAAGUGAAGGGGAAGAUGAUCCAGAAGUGGAAUUUUUGAAAUCCUUGACAACUAAGCAAAAACAGAAACUUCUUAGGUAACUAUAAUGCUAACAGAUAUAGUAGUACUUCUUUAAAAGUUACCAACAAAACACCCCAAAGGUUUUUUUAUUUAUAUAUAUAUAUAUAUAUAUACACACACACACACACACACACACACACACACACACACACACAGUGGUACCUCGGGUUAAGUACUUAAUUCGUUCCGGAGGUCCGUUCUUAACCUGUAACUGUUCUUAACCUGAAGCACCACUUUAGCUAAUGGGGCCUCCAGCUGCCACUGCACAAUUUCUGUUCUCAUCCUGAAGCAAAGUUCUUAACCCGAGAUACUAUUUCUGGGUUAGCAGAGUCAGUAACCUGAAGCAUAUGUAACCUGAAGCGUAUGUAACCCGAGGUACCACUGUAUAAUAUUGGGGGUGGAUGAAUCCUAAGCGAUAUUGGUGAUAAUGUACUGCACCUUUAAUAAAUUUUGCUCCAAUAUUAAAUGCACCACUUUGGAGCACUUCCCAUGUUUUCAAUAGAACCUCUCAAGGUUGGGGAGUUAAAGCUGAAAUUCUGAAAUACCUUUCCCUCUAUUUACUUUGUCUAUAGUGUGCUCUUAGGCCUAUAUAUGGAGGAGAUGUUUCAGCUAGUUCUUUCUAAGUCUGAAUGCUGUCUUUUUAUAUAUUUCAUCAAGGGCAGACAGAAGGACUCUCUCAAUAACAUGAAAUGAACGAAUUAUAUAUGGCAACAACCUUCUACAGUUGUAAAUAUGUUCAGUUGAAAAAUAUAUACAAAUAUGGGGGGAAAUGAUACUUGUUCUUACUGGAUGAAAUGUUAACCGAACUCCUUAAUCCAGAAUAAUUAAUGAAAUUAGCCACAACAGUUUUGGGAAACUAGGACUUACACAUAACUGAGCCUCUUAAAACAGCAGAAUGCCAUUAAUUAUUAUUAUUAUUAUUAUUAUUAUUAUUAUUAUUAACAACUUUACUUCUUCCAACAGUGUUGCAUUUCAUUGUGGAUGGAGUCUUUAAAAAAUAAUAAUUGUUUAUUACUAUUGCUAGCUGCCCUGGGCAACUAGUGUCUAAAGUCAAGACUAUAAAUUUAAAUAAAACACACUCAUCUGCAUGCACAGCAUCUUGAUGGGGGCACAUGUAGCACCUUCAGACAAUAAGCAGCUGUGCUUGGCAGGGAGGAAGGGAUUCUAAAUCCAACCCAGCCAUGCUGCCUCUUCCAAACAGUGUGUUUGCACCGUCACUGAUCACCAGGUGAGGCUAUGCAUGUGCAACCAUUGCUGCUGGAUGGGCUGAGAAGUAGGCAUGCAUAUACAAUUCCCCAUCCACGCAAGCAGGAUUCUGUUCCUGCGUGGCCCCUUGCUGGUUUCAGGCUCAGAGGGGGUAGAGGGGAAGAAGCAUGUGCCCCAGGCAGCGUGUUAGGGGGGCAAAAAGCAUCCUACCAUAUCCGUUUUUUCCAUACCUGGCCCUUUUGACAGGACUGGAGCCAUGAUACUGUGCCUCUCAAACUUUGUAUAAAAAAUAAUAUUACUCACAGGUAAAUAAGGUAUCUAGAUCCUAGAACACUGGAAGAAAUGUUUUAUUUAAAAAUAUUUAGAACAUGUCUAUUUUUAAAAAAAACAAAACCAAAGCAAAAUUACCUUUAUGGCCCAGGUGCAAAUUGCUCCCUUUGCCCCUUACAUUUCAUCAGCAGGUGGCAAGUUUGGGAGUAGAGUGUGCUCUUAUUUUUUAAAUAGUAAACUUGUCACAGUCUGAUAUUGCGUAGGGUCUGGCCUCUAAAAUAUAACAUUAUUCCCCUGCCAUACUUCUCUGCUUAAUUGCUCUCCUUUUCCAUGCUCAAAAUAAAAGGAAACUGGAUCGCCUGGAGAAAAAGAAGAAGAAGAAGAAGAGAGACAGAAAGAAGAAAAAGCAGCAGAAGAGAAAAAGCAAAAGUAAACACAGGAAACAUAAGAGCAGGUCCUCUUCCCCAUCCUCCAGUGACUCUUCAGAAAGCAACAGUGAUAGUGAGACUGACAGCCGAGAUAAAGCAGCACAAAAGAAGAUGGAUUCUAAGGAAAGAAGAAAAGCCAAGUUUUCAGAGGCUAGCAGCAGUGAUUCUGAAGAGAAGGCGAAGACUAAGGGGAAACUUUAUGAAGAUCCCUCCAGCAGUCAUGGUAACAAGGACAAAGAUAGAGAGAAGUGUGGACUUUUAAAGCAAGAUAGUUCUGGAAGGAACAACAAAUGGAGCUCCUCUGAGAGCAGAAGAAAGCCCACAACAAGCAGAAAUGAUAACACAGACAAGAGAAGAGAAUCUGAAAGGUACGGGAGCGGAAGCAGGAGCCAGAGCAAGGAGGAAAGGAGCGGGAGAGACGUUGACAGGAGGUACAGGACUUCUAGCCCGAAUGAGGAGCAGCGGCACAGGAAAAGUGAAGCGAAAAGCUGCAGCUCAGACGUGCGCAGAGAGCAACACAGAGAGAGCUACAGAGACAAAUACAGUAAAAUGGAGCGCAGAGAGAGAAGCAGGAGCAGAGAGAGGCAAAAAUAGAUAAUGUGGGUGGCAGAUGUACUGCUUGCAUCUUUUUUUGAACUCCUUUAGUAAGGGCUCCUAACAUACACCUCUCGUUCUUUCAGAUUGACUGUUCUCAGUAAAUUGUCUGUCUCUCUCACUUCAAAUAACCCUUUGCAUUUUGUAUAUAUGUUGCAAACAUGUACAGGCUUCAAAACUUGAAGGGAUUAUUAACAAAAUAAACGUGUCUUCAGUUUGUGUAGGAAACCAUGUGAUUUUAUUUUGGCGUGGGGUAAGUGGAGGUUAUUGUCCCUUGUUUUAGAAAUUCACGUGCAAAAGUACUUUGCAAUCCUCUGUAGAAGUGGGAGCUUCACUAAUAAAUAAAAUUUAUCCUUGCUUGGUGAUAGAUGUAAAUACUCUUGUGAGGAACGGAGCAAGAGUUCCAGGUUAUAUUAAAUGAUUCCAAUAGUAUCUGGGUAAAAUCACUUUUACGGACAACAAAACGCUUGAUUAUAUUUGAAGCAAGGCAUUUCCCCACCCCAAGUUCCCCCUAAGAGGUCAAUUUCUUAAGUUAAAACAGCACAGCAACAUAGUUCCACAUAAGUGUGUAGCCAACAUUUUUGACCUCCUGUGGAGUAUAACUUGGUCAAGGCUAUCUAAGCAUCUUGAGCCCUAGUUGGUACAUGUUACCGCAGUGUCGAGUUAUUUCUCAAGACAUGGGAAGUAUAUUUACUGCCUUCACAGUUUGUAAAUAUCAUGUGCUGUAGGAAUGUUGUGUCAACUCUAGUCUUAACCUUGUCAGACAGUAGAUUUCUCUUUAGGGUUUGGGUUGUAGUUUUUUAAAGAGAUGUUCAGGGAUGAACUACAUUAAAUAAACUUUGAUUCCCCCCCAAAAAA